AUGCAGGGACGCCCCGCCCAGGAACGACGAGGGAUCUGCAACACUAAGCGUGUCGACACCUCUGGCUGCUAUCCGGACAAUCGACUGUCGAAUCAAAUAAACUCAAUUCGGGGACCAAUGAAUGCGGAAUCAUAUGUACAACGAGUUGCGUUCUUGUUUUCUUGUCUGCCCUCUUCGCUUCAGAUACUGACGUCUCUUGCCACCUUUCAGCCUCUACCGCCUCAUCAUCCACCUCAUCAUGCAUACGAACGUACUGCACCUGACUCGGCGCCCUUCGUGCCAACGCGACGAAAAGAUUAUAAACCAAACCCUCGUCCUUCGCCGCCGUUUGGACGACGUGACGACGAGAAGAAUGAAUCUUUUCAUCAUUACUCAACCUCUUACGCAGCUCCUGGCCGCAGGAAUGCGUAUAUGCAAUCUCGCGGCGAUGGCUCGCCACCCAAAACAUUGGGAGAACUGACCGCACUCGGGAUAGGCUCUAUGAACUAUCUCGCGAUGAGUGCACAAUGGAAUACAGAGCUCGCAAAGCUCACGGGACGGCAACAGCCAAACCUACAUCAGACGACGGCAACGUCUUCCGAACAAACGAGCACAAUGGCUCCUCCUGUCCAAAAGACCAAAAUCUGGGCACCUGCUGUCAUGGAGGAGGACGUAUCGGAUGUCAAGAGGAGCGACAUCCUGCUCUUUGAGGACGAGGACGGUCGCAUCAUUGAACAGGAGCGCAUCGUCUUUCGCAAUCCUUGGUCCCCUGGUCAGCCUGUGCCUCCCGUCUUGGAGGAAAUCGGGCCACUUGAUCCUGAACCGUCGCUCUCGUGA